AUGAGCCAGACUCAAGAUCCCGGCGUUUCUUUCGAGACCUUUCUGGACGCACUCGUCGAGGAGCGCGUGUUAGAUUUGAACUAUAAUGGCGUUUUGCCAUCUUUGAUUGCGAGUUUAAGGCGCAGUGGUUGGUAUUUUGAGUCUACGCCCUUCGGACCCCGGUCUAAGGCGGCGUCUAUAUUUUUUAAAGCAUCCCUGCAUAAAGAAUCCUAUCGAAAAUGCGGGGUGGAGCCCAUAUUCAAGCCUCACGAAACUCAGAAGUACCUGCAGAGGCGCCAGACGAUCGUUCACUACUUCAAGCGCGCGAAGUCGGCACCUCCGGAACAAAAGCCAGUGGCGCCAAAUGGAGUUGAUUACCUCAAGAGAACUAUGGACUACAUGUACUAUCUGCCGCGUGGCGAAGGCGGGCAUAUAGAUGCAUUUUGUAAUCGCAUAAUAACGGGAGAUGAAUUGGUGUUCACUGAAUCGGAUCCAUUGACAGGCUCGGAUAAAUCCGAUGCUGACGUUGCCGAUUCAGCUAUCGCAGGGACUAAGGCUGUGGAACCAAAUGUCGGGUCGCCAAAUGUCAAGGGUGAAUAUGGAUUCAAUAGCGCAACUUCGGGCUCCGAGUCAUGUUCAGGAUUCGGUACUGAGGGUGACAUGAGCCAGGAUUCCUCUGUUACGGGUGGUACCCAGGAAACAUACGAGGACCCGUAUGUUAUAAAAAAGCGCAGAAUGGAUCCAUUUGAUACGUAUAUACCACUUAUAAGUGCAUCAUCAGGAGAUUCCACUCCGAAUGCAAGCGGCGAACAUGUUGCAGAACCACAUACCGGCGGAUAUCUGGAUACAACUUGUGCAACCGAUGCGUCGUCACCGACGAACGAUUUGAGCAAUGAUUCAAGCGCCAAUUUGAGCAACACGGGAGAACCGAGUUGUUCCGAUAGUGGUGUGUCAGCGGGUUCCGUCGGUGCAUCGGCCGCGAAUGCCUCGGCAGAGAAGCCGGAACGCAGUCACUUCUGUAACACUUCCGUUAUUAUGUACGGGCGCGCCAAUCUGCUAACUCCGUGUUACUAUGUGAUCAAGCAGCUACUCUCGAAGCCCAUGAGUGAACUGCUUGCGUAUCCGGAACACUUCCGCACUCGCUGUUCCUUUGUGCUGUGGCAAAAUCCUUGCCUGCAGCACCUCUGCGGCCGUGAGAUUCGGUAUGAGUACCGGACCAACGAAGCCACUGCCGCGAAGGUGAUAGAUAUCUUGUCGAACAAGAAGAGCAAAUGCUGUGUUGUUGAGGAUGUUGAUGCCUUACCUGAAGAGCUGCAGUUGGUUAUCGCGAAGCAUAUGCAAAAGAAUGAGCGCCCAUUUUUCUUCUUAAGUAGCCAAAUUAAUCGUGUGUCUCCAGUGCUGCGGGGUUUCUCAUUCAACUUUCGUGUCCCGCCGAUGAACGUUGACAUGUUGGUCGAGAGGGCGCUGUCUCAGAAACUAUGUCCAGGCCUUUUCGUGGGGCUGACUAAAAAGUCCAUACAUGAGUAUGCUCACAGGGCACGUGGUGACGUUGUUGCGCUAUAUUGCACACUGGUUUCGUUGCAGCAGAAGAAAACAGUUUCGUCGAGGCGUGAUAGCCUGCCGCUUAGGCGUAUCGUUCAUUGCAUAGCAUUUCAGGAGAAAACCCUGCGUACGAUAAUGUUUAUAAAAAACAGCGUCUCGAGUCUCGCGUCCGCAUACAAUCGCGACCCCACGAUCUUUUGGUUGGAAUUUCUGGACGAGGUGAACGCAGUUGGUCGGGCAGAGCUUCUGAAACAUAGGGAGAAGUUCCACCACCUCAUCGCACAGGUAUGUUCGAAUAUGUGCUGA